AUGAUUCUUGUCUUUCUCCGUCUUUCCAUUUAUGAGAUAAAACAAACGGAAACAUGGCCGAUAAGAAUCCCCUCAUACGAAGUUCUGAUCUGGCACCUAACCGUCUUAUGGGGAUUGAUGGCUGCCUACUCUGCAUUCAUCUUCUCCAUUUUUUUCAUUCCAGUGAAACAGUAUAGAAAGUGUGCAGUGUUGAAUACCAUCUGGUUCUUCAUCACUUUCCUCUACUUCACCCGCCCUGUGCUCUCUGAUAACUUUGCCACUGCUCAAUCGACUCAAAGAAAAAUGAUGUACAGCUUGAUGCUCCAUCGCAUUGCCACUCCGAUCGCUCUGGCGUACUCGGCGGUGUUGACCAUUUUUAUGUGGCAAAUGAGCCGUCUCAUGACGAAGGAGGAAAUCCCAUACACUGUGAUAGAUGGGAAAAGGGAUAGUAAGACGAAGAGAAUGGUUAGAGAACUGUUUUGA